CGCCUGCGCGGUGGGGAGCAGCUCGCGGCUCCGGCUCUGCUUUGGGCCGGCUGCAGUCUGAGUCUGAGGGCGGCUGAAGUGGUUGGCUCGUUUAAGAUGCGGCUUCUGCUACUUCUCCUGGUGGCGGCGUCGGCGGUGGUCCGGAGCGAUGCCUCGGCCAACCUGGGUGGCGUGCCUGGCAAGAGGUUAAAGAUGCAGUACGCCACGGGGCCGCUGCUCAAGUUCCAGAUUUGUGUUUCCUGAGGUUAUAGGCGGGUGUUUGAGGAGUACAUGCGGGUUAUUAGCCAGCGGUACCCAGACAUCCGCAUUGAAGGAGAGAAUUACCUCCCUCAACCAAUAUAUAGACACAUAGCAUCUUUCCUGUCAGUCUUCAAGCUAGUGUUAAUAGGCUUAAUAAUUGUUGGCAAGGAUCCUUUUGCUUUCUUUGGCAUGCAAGCGCCUAGCAUCUGGCAGUGGGGCCAAGAAAACAAGGUUUAUGCAUGUAUGAUGGUCUUUUUCUUGAGCAACAUGAUUGAGAACCAGUGUAUGUCAACAGGUGCAUUUGAGAUAACUUUGAAUGAUGUACCUGUGUGGUCUAAGCUGGAAUCUGGUCACCUUCCAUCCAUGCAACAGCUUGUUCAAAUUCUUGACAAUGAAAUGAAGCUCAAUGUGCAUAUGGAUUCAAUCCCACACCAUCGAUCAUAGCCCCACCUAUCAGCACUGAAAACUCUUUUACAUUAAGGGAUUUUUGCAAGAGCAGCGUGACUGACAUUAUGAAGGCCUGUACUGAAGACAGCAAGCUGUUAGUACAGACCAGAUGCUUUCUUGGCAGGCUCGUUGUACCUCUUGGAAAACCUCAAUGCAAGGCAGUUUUUCAGUGCUGGCACAUUUUGGAAUUCUGCACAUUCGUGGAGUGCAAUAAUACUGUAUAGGUUUUUUUUUCUUCCCCAAGUCCACUUGGUUAAUAGUUUUUAAAAAAAAAUGCAGACAUUACUACUUGCACUUCUUUCUUCUCGGUCAUAUUUGAAAAAGUAGAAAAUUGAGUUGCAAUUUGAUUUUUUUUUCAAAGAUGUCUGUUAAGUCUGUUGUGAUUUUAUAUGAAUUUUCCUUUUUUAUAGUUUAAAAUUGAUCCUUUUGGGACUAGAGCUGAAGUUCCCAAAUACUUUAUAAGAGUUUAUCAGACAUCUCUAAUUUGGUCAUGUCCAAUUUAUAGAGUUUUCAAAAUACUGCAGAUUGUGAACAGCACAUUAUAUAAGAUUAUGGGGGGAAAUCCUAUAUCCAGAGUACUCUACCAAUUUGUGUAUGUGUGUGUGUGCGUGUGUGAUUACCAGAGAACUACUAAAAGACCAACCACUUUUUAAAUCCUGUUAAUGUAGUUCAAGUGUCCUGCCUUGACCAAUUUAAUGAGUUGAUUAACUGGGCCUUUAUACUUAACUCAAUAAAAAACUAAGCAGAAGUAAGUUAAAUAAAAAGUUUGAGUUUA